ACUAUUUUCUUCUUAUGCUCUCGACUUUCUCUUCUGAGGUUUAAAGAUAUCUGCCGGAAGAAGGAGACUGAGUUGCCUCGAACGCUUGCAUAUUGUAAAUCUUUCUAGUUAGCCAAUAAGAAGUGUCACUAGGUUUAAGGAAUAUAUUUUCUCAUACUAAUAUAUUACUUUUAUACUCAUUUUGUGGUCCUUCACUUGCCCAGCCAUGUUGACCCUCGGUGUAGUGGUGACCUGCCUCAUCUCCACGCUCGUCUGUGAUUCUCAAGGGUCAUCCAUCUUUCAGCAGAAGACUCCAGUGGAAGCAGUGGAGGGAAGCAAAGUCGUUUUAAUCUGCAGGAUGCCCUCAAUAACUUCACCGGACUUGGUGAGGUGGUACAAAGGUGAGGGUAGCCAACGCACACACAUCUUCUCGCGCCUGCCCAAAGCAGGUGACAGAAAUGACGCUCGAGUGUCCUGGACAGGGAAGAAUCCUGGGAUUGAAUUUAGCAUCGAAAUAGAAGGCGUCAAAAUCAGUGACACAGGAAAGUAUUACUGCAUUAAGUAUGCUGAUGAAAAGGGGGACACAAUCUGUGAAGAAGGACCAGGAGUCACCCUGACUGUCACAGGGUCAACCAUCUUUCAGCAGAACACUCCAGUGGAAGCAGUGGAGGGAAGCAAAGCCAUUUUAAUCUGCAGGAUGCCCUCAAUUACUUCACCGGACUUGGUGAGGUGGUACAAAGAUGAGGGUAGCCAACGCACACAUAUCUUCUCGCUCCUGCCCAAAGCAGGUGACAGAAAUGAUGCUCGAGUGUCCUGGACAAAGAAGAAUCAUGAGAUGGAAUUUGAUAUCCAAAUAGAAGGUGUCAAAAUCAAUGACACAGGAAAGUAUUACUGCAUUAAGUAUGCUGAUGAAAAGGGGGACACAAUCUCUGAAGAAGGAUCAGGAGUCACCCUGACUGUCACAGAAAGGAAUGUCACCAUUAUUGGUCCCCCUGGUCGAGUGAAGGUGGGUGAAGUUGUGGAGUUGCAGUGUCACGCCUACAAGGAUGUUACAUUCAUGUGGCUGAAAAACGGCGAGGCCAUUCCUCAGGACCACUUCACUACUGCCAGUAAUGGUGCCCUGCACACAAGUCGUCUGACUCUGCAGACUGAGAAAGGUGACAUCCGAUCAGCCGUCCAAUGUGUGCAGGGUGAAAAUAAAGAACAGAGGAUGUCUGAAGCGUUCAACCUGAGCUCGGUCAUUACAGUGAUGCCACAGUUACAAGUUCAAGGAGGCCCAGAUGCAAAGAACAGCUCAUUGGGCAAGUAUUCAUGCCGAGUCGAUGGCUUUUAUCCUGAAGACAUCCUAGUCUCCUGGACCCUUGGGAAAAACAAUACCUCAGCAUGCUGUGAGAAGGCCCAGAGUGACAAUGAUGGCACGUUCAGCACCACCUGCCAUAUUACAAUUGCCUUGGCAAAGAUUUCCUCAGGAGCCGUGCUGCAGUGUCACGCCGGUUAUCGUGAUCAUUGUUGAGAGUGGGCCAAGCGCAGUUACUUCAGAAGGAGACCACCUCCUAAGCCUUGACUUGUAUGUGUGAAAGGACAUCAGAAGAAUAUUUAAGAGUCACUUGACUAGUCUUUCUAUGUAGAAAAUGUAUUUAUACUGGAACAGUAAAGCAUAUAUUACUGGAGUGUGCUGCAUCUGAGGAGCAAAGAAGACGUCUUUUUGAAAAAACUGAAAUCUAUUGAACAGGAGCUUAUUUUUACAAUGGAAAGUACUUUAUAUUAGGACAGUGUUGGCAAUAUAGUGUAUCAAAAUGCUUAUUUAAAUUUUUUCAAAAUAUAUUAUUUGAGGUUUUUUUUAAACUAUCACCAACCCCCACCCAAUGGUAGGGUAUGCUUCCCAGUUCUCUGCUUCACACUCCAGCUCAGUAGGUGUUGGUAAAGCACCAUUUACAUUGGUCUCUGAACUGCUAUAAAAACCGAGAAGAAGAAGAAGAGGAGUACAAUUAUAAUUCAAGGAGAGGCAGAGCUGCAGUAGUUAGAACUGCACCUUCACAGCUCACGUCACAUUUUUGGUUUAUGAUAUUCAGUCCAGCAUAGUUGGUGGAUGCUUCUCUAGCCUUCGUGGACACUUAAAGUUGUAGCGGGCCACAUAGGGGGUUUUUGUUUCUAUGUAAGAAUGUCCUGUUGAGUGUUUGUUAAUGUGAAUGACAUCACCGGAUGCACUGAUUUCUGUCUGUAAAUUGGGUCAGUGUCUUUAAACAGGAUUGCUCUGAUGCGGAGGGGCUUGUGGAAUCUGUAGUUUGUGGUUUGUAUGCACUGUACCAAUAAAACCGGACGAGAAGGAUGUGGCGGGACGUUUCAAGUGGACCAUUUUCUAAUCAACAUCAUCCGCAGCAGCUCCUAAAUAUUUUCAGUUACUGGACAUUCGUAGCGAAGAAGGAUAGUGCUCGGCCUGCAGAUGUAAGGACGGCGGUGGGUUCUUUUCCUUCUAAUCCUGUCCCUUGAGGCUCAUGGAUAAAAGGCUGUUCUUCUGGACUCCGGUGGUAGGACAGAAUUUCACUAUCCAUAUUCCGAGCAUUUCCAGAUUUCUUUCCAUCAUUUAACCCUAGCUUCCAUUUCCAGAAUCACUUUCAUCAUUUACAGUAAGGACUUUUUUUUCAGGACUGUAAACAUCGUCGUGUGGGGUUUUUUUUGUGGGGUGUGUUUAAUAUUUUUUGUAU